AUGGAUAUUACAUUAAAUUUUCUGGAUCCUCAAGAGGAGAAAAAUUAUGGUCUUUAUAGUCAUUAGAUCGAACUAAAUUUAUUUAAAAGGCUACUCUAUAGUAUGAUGAUUGGAUCAUUUUCUGGGUCUAUAUACUUUCUUAUAACAUAGAACUAUCUCUAUAUAGUUCUGGGAACCUAUAUGUUAAUUCAAACUAUGUUAGCAAUUUUCCUCUCGAAAAAAUCGAUCUAAAUUCUAAAUAUUGUAGCUUUUGCAUAUCAAAUGGAGAUCUAAACCCUACUUGCUGUGUUAAUUACAUAAUUAGAUGAAACAUUAUAGAGAGGUACAGUAAUGAUAAUCACAUCAGCAGCUUUUUAAUUAUCUAUUUGGUAUAUCUUGCAUUUUAAUUGUAUAGUCUCUCCAUUGGUACAAAAUUUUACUUGAAAUUAUUCGUGAGUCUUUACUCUAUCUCUAUUUAAAUAUUACUAAGUUCAAUGAUUGAAUCUUUGAGUUUAGUUUGGAUAGGUUUUGCACUUUUUUCCCUUAUCUUCUCAUUCUAAUUCAUUUAUUAUUAAGAAUACGAGAAGAGGUAAAAAUAUACUUUGCAUUAAAAUGCGUAAAGGAUAAAGGAAAACUUAAUAAAUUUAAUUGAGAUACCAAUACUAACAUGCUAUAAUAAUGAAACUGAUUUAAAAUUAGUCUUCACUGAAGCUAACUAAUGUGCUUAAAGUCUUCUGAAAGUCAAAGAUUAAAAUAGUUUUCUUAAAUUUGCUAGAGAAGUUAGUAUAUUGUAAACUAAAACAAUAUCUUCAUUUACAAAAUAAUAAACUGUAAAUUAGAUCAUAAUAACACAAUCUUUGGAAGGUUUGGUUAGAAAAUUCUUUAGAAAAUAAAUUGACUAAGAAAAUGAUUUAAAGAAGACUUUUUCAGCAUAUAGAUGCAGAGUUAAACACAAUUCUUAAGAGUACUUAUGUUAAUUAAUUUUAUUAAAUGAAAAAUAACCUCAAUGUUUUAUAUACCUUUAGAGAAACUUUGAUGAUUAUAUAGAAAAGACUAAUCAGAAAUUAAAUAUAUUAAAUUUACUUCUAAAACGAAGUGCCAAGGAAAUAUUCACCAAAAUUGGGAAUAAGUAAAAAUGUUUUUAAUCUUUGUACUCAAAUUUAAAAAUAUGUAAAUCUCUUAAAUCAGUUUAAAGAUUGGACUAAGAAAUAUUUUAAGUUAAUAUUUACUUUGCUAAUUCUAAAAUAUUGUUCAACUCUCAUAAUACUAAUUUUUCAACUAAGAAAUCUUAAAACUUAAUUCAUUUAAUUGACUCAAUUUUAUUUCAUUUCAAUCAUACACUAUCCUAAAAAUCUAUUACAGUCUCUUUUAACAAGAAUGACUAAAAUCCAACUAUAUAUUGUAAUGAUAUGUUACUUAAACAAUUAUUUUAUAAUUCUAUUGAAAAUGCAAUAGUAUUUGCAAAAGAUAAAGUUAGUAUAGAUAUAAACAGUCAUUAUGAUAAUGAUAUUGGUAAAUAAGUAAUUACAAUCAUAAUAUUAAAUACAAUUGAUCCUGUAUUUUUAGAACAAAAUAACAAAGAAAAAUACUUAAAAUUAGGACAUUUAGUAAUCAACAAAAUAUUAAGAUGGAUAGCUCCAUACAAAUCAUUAUGCAUAAAUUAAGAGAAUAAUUUGUAUUCAGUGAAAUUUUGUUUAUUUGAUAAAUUAUGA